UCCAGCCUUUGCUCAGCCUGUGUGCAUGAAAACAACGUUUACAGCAGAAUAUUUCAGAUUUUGUACAGGAACGAAGAGAUCAUUCUUAAUGAAUCGAUGAACUUCAGAGUACAUCUGCUUCUGGAUGGUGAAAGGGUGGAAGAUGCAUUGAGUGAGGCAGAUUUUCAGCUCAAGUUGGACCUGCAUUUUACUGAUAGUGAACAACAGCUGAGAGAUGUUCCAGCCAUCCCCAUGAUCAGCAGCCGUACACUGUGUCUUCACUUCCACCCCCAGAGAGGUCUGCACCACCAUGUUCCUGUCAUGUUUGACUAUUUCCACCUGUCAGUGAUAUCCGUCACGGUGCAUGCGUCACUGGUAGCAUUACACCAGCCUCUGAUCAGAUAUUACCAGAUAAGAGCUGGACUGAAGAUUCCAUCCAGGAUUCCCCACAGGCUGUUUGCUACAACUGCAGGACAGACAGGUAAACUGGUCCCUGAGGAAUGGGAAGUGACUGCAGAUGGUGUGGUACAGAGAAGGAGGAUGUGUGUGGGGAAUGGGUGA